CAAUACACAAAUAAUAACAUUCCGAUGCACGUUAUUAACAGACAUUCAAGUCCUCGGGCGCUUCAAUAUUCAAAACGAAUCAGCCUUCGGCCCACUAAACAGCGAAGUCUAUCUGGACAAAAACUUCCUAUUCAGAGCAGAGAAAUGUCAACCAAGUUAAGAAAAUGUAGACGAAGCCUUGCGGCAGCUUUGGAUCAGGCAGCAGAAGAGGACUCAUCAUGGUCUCCAAACAGUGUCUUUUCUCUUAGCCUGGUUAGAAUAUCACAGAAUGGCACAUAUGUAUAUGACCACUGGACAGAGAGGCCAGACUGCAUGUGUUUUGGGAAGGAAGACUUUUUAUGCUGCACACGGUCUGCAAUACUGCAAGAUCUACAUGGGCUCCUCGACAUACAGACCUUGGAGGAUCUUGUGGCAAAGCUGGAGUUUGAAAACGAGUUGAACCGCGUCUGCAGUAGAUCCUUGCAGAGUAAAAACCCAGAAUCCUCAUUUAACCAAGAAGAAAGUGCAAAUAGUGACAUGGAAGAGGGAAGUACAGACCGCUGGGCUCACGAUAGUAAGGAGGAAUAUUCCUUCUUGCUGGACACGAUUCUUGAGAUUGAGCGGGACAAUGACUUCACUGCUGACUGUGAUGUCAGUUCUUUGGAGCUGGACUUACAGUUUUCACCAUAGUUUGAUGCCCUCAAGUAUUUAUAUGUAAUACUUUUUCUGUUUGGAGCAAAUUGGAUCAUUUUCAAAAGAAAAUAUGUGCUUUAAACAUGUUUUGGGUACUCAGAAAGUUUUAUGCAUUUCAUAACGUAUGUUUUUAUAGCACAGAGUUCAUAGAAAUACAGUAUAUGCAUGUAAUUCUCAUUUAUUCCUUCUUUAGAUUAAUUUAUUUCUGCACUAGAAUCAAUAUAUAUAUAUAUAUAUAUUUUUUUUUUUUUAAAGGAUGAUUCCAUUCUAGAGGACGCAUUGAUCUAUAGUUUUAAUAAUUUUUUUAAUUUUUUUUUCUUGUUAAUAUUUUGUAUUUUUGUAAAAUGUAAAAAAAUAUAUAUACUUUAUGUAUAAUAAAUAUAAUUUAUUGUCAUUUUAAUUUGAUCUAUAUACUUAUAACACUAAAUAAAUUACUCAUAUGUGAUAAAAAAUAUUAUUUUUGUUACUAUUGAUCAAUACUGUUUUCAUUUUUUUGUUAUAAUAUCUGUAUACUUAUAACACUAAAUAAAAUACUCAAGGGUCAUUGGUGGUAAAAAUAUUUUUGUUCAGAAUGGUAGAAAUAUUACUAUUGAUUUUGAUUUAUAAUAUCUAGAUACUUGUAUUAAAAUUGCUGCAGAUCUUGUCUAUAAAAAUUGUAAAUAAUACUAAGUGAAAAUACUGUAUCAUUCUGAUUAGGUGAGUAUCAAGAUUCCACAUAAGGAUGAUAUGACGAUACUUCAGUGUUGGACCAUGUGGACAGUCAUUUUCAGUGUUUAUGCUUAGUCAUGCUGACACUGCAAUCUGAACUAGAUUCAGUAUUAUACUAAUCAUUUAAACCAGUUUUAUUUAGUUAGAGAAUAAUUCGUUAGGCAUUAUAACACUCAUAGCACUUAAGUUUUUCUUAAAAAAAGGCACAGAGGGGGAAUAUUCUCU